GUCGCGGCAAAACAGCCUAAAUAUAUUGACAUGGAAGAAAAUUGGAUUUUGGCCACAGUUGUAGGAUAUCGAACUGAUUUAAAGAGUUACGAAGUCGAGGAUGCAGAUAAAGAUGAGGCAUCAAAUAGGCCUGGCGAGCGAUUUUUAGUACCAGCGAAAAAUGUUAUAGCAAUCCCAAAUCCUGGAGAAAAGCGAACACUGGAAUUUCCAAAAGAUUCAACAGUCAUAGCAUUAUAUCCUUCUACAACAUGUUUUUAUAAAGCUGUUGUAGUUAUUCCACCAAGUAAAUUAACACCAAAAUCUUCACGGUAUUUGCUUACUUUUGAAGAUGAUGACAAUGCUGAGAGAUACGUUGACUCACGUUAUGUGAUUGAUAUACCUAAGGGGAUGUAA